AUGCAAGGCCCAUAAUUAACCACAAAAACUAUAACGUAUGAAAGUGAUAUAUUUGAUGUUGAAACUCGAUAUAUACUAUUUGCUUUAGGACCUUGCUUGGAUUUAGAUUUACAAUACUAUGUCUUUAACAUUUUCAAUUAAUUUUUAAAGCAAGGUAUUUCAAUUUGUGAAGUUGAUAAGCCGUUAGAAGGCAGGAAGGAGAUUUUCUUUGCUAAAUUAUAACCUGAUAUUGAUCCUUUAUUAGUUCCCAAUAUUAUUGAUCAGAUACUAAGCCCAAUUAAAGAAUUCAUUAUCAACUUUACAAAAGACGAUAAGAAUCUUGAUUCUCUCUAUGAUGAGACCAUGAUAUUAAUAAAGUAGUUAAAUUCUAUCAAAAUUGAAUGA